AUGUACGUCUACGUCGGCAAGCUCAACUGGCUUCCGGAAGCCGACAACGAGUGUAUCACCGUCGUCUUUCCUGGCGGGCUCGGGCUGGAAGAUCCUGUCUGCGCGUAUUGGCAGUGGUCCGUGACUGCCAACAACGCGGAAAAGGUCAAUACUCAUCAGUAUGGCAGCAUCAGGACCGUCACGAAGACCGCGACGCAGUAUAACAUUACCUUCGCGUGUCAGGACUACCUCGUCGAUGCAGAAUUCACGGCCGACCUUAGGUCUAUGACGAUGAAGAUGUCCAAGGCUACCGGCGAAGCGUCAUCGAGUUCGACGUUGCAGAUACAGAUGUCGACUCCCAGCCUCGUCCCUUCUGCGAAGAUAUACACUGGCAAACUUAACUGGCUCCACUACGCAACCAACGAGAUGGUCACGCUGAUAGUUCCGAACGGCGUCGCCAACGGCGCGAAAGUCGGACUCUACUUCCAGUUCACCACCAACUGGGCAGGAGAUCACAAAACGAGAGUUUGGACCAGCUCUACGUUCUACAAUGUCUCGGAAAACCAAGGCAUUGUCUCGGCCACCUUCAACAGUAGCUUCUACACAUUCGACAUCACUGUAUACCCCGACCCGGGCCUUCCAAAUUCGAAUGCAAGGAUCACCAUGCGCCAAAAUUCGACAAGGCACUGCACGUGCGACGUGCAGCGGGCAGACUGGAGGCAGCUUCAUCGCAAGAAGGCGCUCAUCGUCCGUUACGGAACCGGGACCGACAAUGGCAUAUUCCUCCUCCGCGACAUGCUCACGACGGACCUGGGCUUCGACGCCGGGGACGUCGAGGUGCUGUACUACAACUCCGAGCCGGCGAACGCGUCCGCGGUGGUGUCGGACAGGCAGGGGGCGCCCACGGCAGCGCGCUUCAAACCGAAGCUGACCAGCUUCCUCUCGAGCGCAGAAGCUGGCGAGGUGCGGUUCUUGUACCUGGACACCCUCGGGGCCACGGAGACGACCGGAACGGCGGAUGAGGAGAAGGGGAUAGUCUUGGCGGCGGAUGACGAGGGAAGGGAGAGAGAGACUAUCUACAAUGAGUGGCUCGCGACUACUAUUCGUGAGAACCUCAAGACCGGGGUCAAUCUCACUAUCCUUACUUCGUCCUGCUUGGGCUCAGGGAUAUUGGGCUCGACAACCGCCACGGGUGGCAUCUUGUUGUCGGCAUGCCACGAGACGCAGUCGAACAUCAAAGCCCUGCAGGUCAACGGCAAUAACGUGGACCCGUGGAUGUACGCCAUCGUCGCUGUCAUCAAGAAGCAAGCAACGGACCAGCGUAGCGUUCCUACCUAUUCUUCCCUCUUCACCGGUGCGAAGAAGUUCAUCAAGGCACAGCUGGCCCGUUCCGCUCUCGGCGACAAAUACAAGGGCCCCAGCACCGACGAGCUCAGCCCCACCAUGCGCAAGCGGGACCUGGGCACGAGCAACCAAGAUCCUCAACUCAUCUACUUCGAUGGCUACGUCAACCCGCACGAAGAGAGGUUCUUGUUUCCAUUUGUAUCUGCGCGUGGCGGUCAGGCUAUAGGCGAGAAGGUUGUCCGCUUCCCUCGGGAUGAGUACCCGACGACUUGGAUUCUCUAA